AUGUUGACUCAGUCAAUCCGGCAAAUACGAGCUCUCGACCUAGAGCUCCUCCACGGGAGCUCCGUCGAGUACUCGAGACAAGCACCAGGAGCUCCGGUGAGAUCCGACGUGCACUCGAAGCCGGCUGAGUCUCCCGCUCACUUUUGCAACUUUUACCUGUUUGUUCUCUAGUUUCGAGCUCGUUCCAAACUUUUUUCUGUCUAUUUUUUUAAACUCUUUUUCGAUUCGUUUCGACUCGUUGAAGUGGUGGAACCGCCAAAGUCUAACAGUUCAAGCAAAAUAUGCUCGUUCAAAACUUCCUUGAAGUUAUAGAUUCUCCAAUUUCUACAAGUUUCAAACGAUCAAUAGUUUUUUUUUGGACCGAAGCUCUUUUUGAAAAUGUUACGAAAUCGCAUUCAAAGAAGUUACGAAAUCCAAUUCGAAAAUGUUCUCACACGAAUUACAUUGAAAUGAUUGAAAACAAGAAGUUGAGAAAUAGAAAAAUACGUAUUGAUUGAAGGCUGGGAAGACCGACAUCAUUUUUUCCCUACUGCCAUUUUUCAAACACCGCUGCAAAUAUUUAGAAUUGUAUUUCAUAGACACGGCGACAUUUGUGAUAAUCUUUUUCCUGUGCUCCGGACUCAGCUUUUAAUUUUUUUGUAGUUAGCGGCUGUUGCCUACGAUUAUUUUCUUUUUGUACUCCAAACACCCUUUUUACAAUUAUUUUUAUGACAAGAGAUAACCCGGCUUCUAUCGAUCCUACGGUUGUACAUCACUGAAAAACCAAAUGCAAGAUAAUUCAAAAAAAUUUUUUUCAACUAGUUUAUGCAUAGCUUACUCUUGCUUCGAGCUAAUUCCCGACGACGUCGAGGCGUAAACAAAAUGAAACGACGAGAUGUGCCAAAAUGCCGCAAAAUUAAAUCAUCGUAGAUGAAUCUUAAUGAGUAGGCGACAUCUUCCCGCCCCAGUCUUUGCCACGACAAAGAUUUCCUGCCAGAGCUUUGCCUUAUUUCCUUUUCUGAGUUUUUUGUCCCGGUUUCUUUUAUUUCAAAGUGAAUGAGUUGUUAAGGAAUUAGGGGCUCAAAAGGAUAUUUAUCGCAAUUUUAUCAGAAAGCCUUUAUUUUAUAUGGAGCUCUAUACCGGUAACGUGAAAAUUGGGUUGAGAUUGAGAUCUGAACAAAAUAUCUGUCAGAGAAAUUCAAUGAGGCAAAGUAUUUAGCCCAAACUUUUUUGAGAUUUCCUGCACCUCGAUAUCAAUUUCUUAUUUUCGAGACCAUGAUUGAGGCCAAACUUCGUCGCGUCUAAAGACGUCGUCUACCUUUUGUGA